GGGGAGGGGCCAUGGUGCCAAGCCAGUUGUGGGGAAGACUGGAGAAGCCGUUUCUCUGCCUGUGCUGCGUCUUCUUCCUCCUGGGGCUGGCUUUGCUGGACAUACGGCCGGACAUCACCCCUGCUGCUUAUUUCUUUCUCAGCUUGGCUGGCUUCUUCUUGUUUGCCUGCCUCCUGGCCUGUUUUCUGAACUGGGUGUUCCGAUCACUGCCAUCACUACAGACCGAGAGCCCAGAGGCCUCAGGCAAUGCACGGGACAAUGAAGCCUUUGAGGUGCCAACCUAUGAAGAGGCCAUGGUGGUGUUGGAAUCACAGUGCCAUCCCCAACAGGUGGAUCAACCACCCCCCUACAGCACUGUUGUAGUCCCCCCAGGACUUGAGGAGGAACAACCUAGCCAUCCAGAGGAGCCGAGGAGAGCCGGACUGGAAAGGCGAGUGGGCUCAGAGGGGUCAAUGACCCAGGGAGGAAGCCCUGGAAGAACUCCAAUCAGCCUUCGGCUUCGGGGACCACGGGUUGUGUACACUGCUCCUGAUCUGCGGAGCUUGGGGGCAGUCCCCAAAUCGGAGCCUCUUACUCCACCCCCUGGCUAUGAUGUCAGCAUUGGUCACCCUGAUGAUGAUAAUGUUUUCUAUGAAGACAACUGGACACCCUGCUAAACUAUUCUCCCAUGAUCUAUCAUCUGUGUUCAUGAGACCCACUCAUUCAUCUGACCAACAUUUCCCAGUGCCUAUUAUGUGUCAGGAACUGUGUUUCUGCCCUGACAUCACGUAUGGGGACUUGACCCAGAGGGGAGUCAGGCUAUGGUAAGCCCGUCCCAGUUGAGAUGUGAGUGGCACAAUUUGAGUCUUCUGGCAACAUUCGGUGACCUACCACAGAUCCAAUAUUCUAGACAGAUGGAGGGUGAGGUGGGGAGAUGAUCCGGAGAAGCUGGAGAAGAAAGACCAGAGGAAACAUCAGAGUGACAGCUAUGUUGCUUCUGUUCCACGUGCUUUGUCCCUCUAUUAGAUCCCUUAGGAUUCCCAGCCUUCAUUGAAAAAUGGGGAUUUCAAGGGUCAGAGGAGUUUGAUAAUUUGCACAAGGGCACACUGAUAGUAAAUAGUAUAAAAAUAACUUUAAUGAA